GUUCGCCAAGGGAUCUACAAACUUUAGACUGCCAACUCGCGUUUCUCUCGUAGCUGAAAGAUGCCGUGACUGACUCCAUAACCUGUAAACAAACAGUACUGAGGUUAAAUAACAUAUUUUAACAUCAAAUUAAACUAAAUGCAGUAUUAUAACUAAUAUAAUAAGUUUGUUAUGCAAGGCAAAAUGCAUUUCCAUCAUGCGAAACGACCACUGCUGAUGCAACUGACUGACAUCUUGUCCUUGUAUGUUGUGUUGAAUAAAAAAAAUAUAAUUUACAACACAGUAAAGACUUCACAAAUGAAAUGAAAUGAAAUGUAUACAAACCUUUCUUUUGCUGAAGAAGUGCACAGCGGCGCAGAGAACCACUCUCUCUUGUAGAGCGCUCAAUCCAACGGUUGGGUGGAAAAAAAUAACCCAGCAUUAAAAAUGAACCAGCAUCUUAGUUACAGAAAAAACUAUCCAGCACCUGGGUAAAAAAUAUUAAAAAUAAUGCAAUAAAAUGACCCAACAAGCUGAACCCAACAUUUGGGUUAAAAAAAGAUAACAGCAUUUUUAGACUACGGAAAAACUACCCAGCAUAUUGGUAAUAAUGUUAAAAAUUACCCAACAAGCUGAACUCAGCAUUUGGCUUAAAAAAAAAAAUAACCCAGCAUUUGUCAGAGUGUGGAAAAACUACCCAGCAUAUGAGUAAAAAUGUUUAAAAUAACCCAAUAAAAUGACCCAACAAGCUGAACCCAGCAUUUGGCUUAAAAGGACAUCCAGCAUUUUUUUAGAGUGUGGAAAAACUACCCAGCACAUUGGUAAUAAUGUUAAAAAUAACCCAAUAAAAUGACCAAAACAAGCUGAACCCAGCAUUUGGCUUAAAAAAAAUAACCCAGCAUUUGUCACAGUGCGGAAAAACUACCCAGCACAUGGGUAAAAAUGUUUAAAAUAACCCAAUAAAAUGACCCAACAAGCUGAACCCAGCAUUUGGCUUAAAAGGACAUCCAGCAUUUGUCAGAGUGCGGAAAAACUACCCAGCACAUGGGUUAAAAUGUUUUAAAUAACCCAGUGAAAUGACCCAACAAGCUGAACCCAACAUUUGGGUUAAAAAAGGAUAACCCAGCAUUUUUUAGAGUGCGGAAAAACUUCCCAGCACAUUGGUAAAAAUGUUAAAAAUAACCCAAUAAAAUGACCCAAAAAGCUGAACCCAGAAUUUGGGUUUAAUGCUGGGUUUUUUUUUAAAUUCAAUCUUCCCAUUAACGCCACAAGAGGCUGGAUUUAUUGCAUGAACCAAUCACAGCCAAACACACUCAUAUCUAAUCAUAUCGUGAUGGAGGCAUUGCCUCCUCUCACGUAACUUUCCCCCAUUUAUUCUCAAUUACCCCCCAUCAAACACUGCACGGCUUAAAACUCAAUGGGCCCAGGGGAGGCGAGAGAUGCAGACUCUCAUAAUUUUCCCUUUUGGUGUCACUGUUGGAUAGUUUUACUUUAGUAAUUGAUGACAGCCCUGGUGAAAAAACAGCAUAUGCUGGUAGGUAUGUUUUACCUACCUUGACCAGCAUCAUGACCAGCGUAAACCAGCAAAGGACCAACUUAAACCAGCAUCAAAACAUACCUAACCAGCAUCCCAGCAUCAAAACAUACCUACCAGCAUAGGCUGGUUUUUUCACCAGGGAGGAUUUUCAUUUUCAUGGGUGACUCUAUAAUUGUCCCAAGCAAGCUAUGUAGUUAUCAUGAAAUAAACCCUUUCAGGGUAAUACAGGUCCUGAACUCCCUGUCACAAUUUAUAUUGUGCUAAUGACCUGCUGACUGUAAAUAUUGUAAAUGCUUAUUCAUCUCAUCUCAUUUUCCUUGCACUAGCUGCUUUCUCUUCUCUAGUUAGCUGUGUCUUUCUGUUCUGUCAUGUGCAGUUGCUGAUUCUGAAGUCACUUUGAGUCACUCUCUGCAGUUAUGAAUAUGCAUGCUUCAUUAUCUUGCAUGGCUUCAGCCCUGUGUACAGAAUGCAGAUAGAAAUCCAUAUAUUUUCUCCAUGAAGACCAUCAAUUUAUAUACAACCAAUUACACAAGCUGUUUUUAUACAUGUAAAGUUCUUCCUUUUUGGUGCUUAUCUGUGUGCGAGUGUUUUUGUAGGCGAAGACUACAGUAGUUCAUGUGGAUUCAUCCCCUGCAGCUUGUGUGGUUCAUUGUUGUCCUCAUGGGGUUCAUGACACAGUGUGAAUGUAUGGGUCUGUACUCAUCCUGAGGGCAACUAGGUUACAUAACCAGUCUACCUCUCUCUGCUCAACUCCUGUUCUCAAAGCCAGAGAGGUAUUUUUCAACGUGGGAGCGAAAAGAAACAACAUUCCAGUUUAAAGUGCAUGGUGAUCUCAGUUUGCUCUUUGCAGCACUCCUCUUUCACUUUCCUUCCUUAACGGAUAGUUUUACACAGCCUACGGUGUCACAUCGUUCUCCUGGAGUGCCUUACUAAACUACUAGUUGUAUCACACACUCUUUAGAGGGUUACGGAUCAUUAGCCGUAAGCUUCACACAAGAGAGAAUGUUUACCUUGGUAUCUGGAUGUAGAUUUUUGGUAUUGAGUGACUCAGAUGGGCGGCCGAGAGUCUGUAAUCUGCACUAAUCCUUUAUAAAAAAGAAGGCUUACCGCGGUGAAUUCUGCUCAGACAGCAAACUCGCCUCACAUGCUGGUAGACAGACACGGCAGAGCGUCAGAGAGCGUUUCACUGAUUCCGCGAUGAGCUUCUAGAUAUCCGUACGAAGGUGGUAAAGGCUACUGAAACCCAGGCUACUGAGCUCAGCAAACUUCGGCUUUUGUGUUUCUGUUAUGGCUUCUAACUGUGGGCAUUUGUGCUUUGUGUUGCGGGCUGUUUUGUGGUCUGGCGUGUUGUUUUGUGCUCUUGCGCUCCUGCUGUUUGUUUCUGUCAUCCUCUUAUCUUGACGGCGCUGAGAGUCCUUAAAUUAUACUGACAAUUUCCCAGAACUUGUAUAUGUUCUAAACAGGAAAAGCUUGUAGGUGUUGGUUCAGGUGACCAGUCAUUGUGCUUUAUUUGCUGAACUGUGUCCCUCUUCUGUUCCCAAUGGUGGGCUUCCUGCCUGUGAUGAGUGGCUGACAGUCCAGAAAGGCUCUGAGACACAUUCAGCAUCACCCGUAAAUAGGCUACACACACAGGGAUGCGCUCCUACAUUUACAAACAAAGCUCUGUGAUUGGCUCGCAGGCGGAGCACACUGGGAUGAGGACGUACUAUUUCAGUGCGGACACACAGGAGGACAUGAAUGGCUGGGUCAGGGCCAUGAACCAGGCUGCACUGAUGCAAACCCACACAGUGAAGAGAGACGAGACAGACCAAGUGAACGUUUCUGAGAAACUCAAGCAGCAGGCUGUUCCUCAAACCAACCACAUCAACAGCUACGUGAUUCCAGAACCCGAAGUCAUCCAAAGUGAAGUGCUGCUGGAGGAGAAGCGGGAAGGAUUUGUUGGAGAAGUGGAGAUUGAGGUUGCUCCGAGAGAGAUGGAGCAGGCGAGGGGGAAAUCUCCAGCAAGCAGGAUAGUGGAGGUGGAAGUUUUAGCUCCAGGGUCAGCACCAGUAUCCCAAGUUCCCUCACGAGCACCUUCCAGGGCCGUCUCGACCCCGCCAGUGCUGAGGAACGGUACGCCUGUAGAGCAGAACGGCAUGCCUGGGUAUCAAAGGGGGCCUACACCGUCUUCUCAGACUCCAGUUCAGGUGCAGAGGAGGAGUACACUGGAGCAGGUGGAGAACUGGGUCAAAGUACAGAAGGAAGAACGCCAGGGGUUUGUUCCUACUGAUGGCACAAUACCACGUCGGACGCCUCCCAUUCAUCCGAAGUAUGGCACAAUAGAUAAGUACCAGUCUUUACCAAAGGCUGUACGGCAAAGCCCACCAACGGCUCACCGUCAGAUGUCCAGUGAAUACAAAUAUUCCCAUGACCGGCUUAAUCACUUCCAGAUGACCCACGGCCACACCCAACGACCCGCGACGCAUGAAAACACAGUGUGGCAGCUCUACGAAUGGCAACAGCGACAGCAGUAUCGGCACGGAAGCCCCACCGCCCCCGUGUACACUCCCGCUCCAGACUACUCCACCGCCGUAUCCUCCACCAGAGUCAACUCGGACAUUGCUCGCUCCAUUUCUGUACCUCCAAACCUGGCAGACAUCCCUCCACCUGGGCCUCCUGGGCCCAGACUGCUGUCUCCACGCAGACCCCACACGCCUGCAGGACGGGUUACAGUCAAACCUCUGGAGGACAGGCCCACCGUGGAGGUGCCACCAUCAAACUCUCCUCACCGUGUACACUCCUAUAAGUCGGCCACAAUAGAGAGACGGACAAUGCCUCCAUCCGGCUACAUCACACAUACAGUCAGUGCACCCAGCCUGCACGGAAAAACACCGGAGGAGCUCACCCUUCUCCUCAUCCAGUUACGGAGACACCAGGCCAUGAUGGCAGGUGUGCGCAACAAUGCGCUGGCACACCUCCAGCAGUUGUCUCGGGUGAAGGCUGAUGACACAUACAUGCACUUGAAGAAGGACCUGGAGUAUUUAGAUCUGAAGAUGAAAAGUUUAGAGCCAUUGAUCCUCAUGGUUCACAGUGUGUUACAAACCUGCAGUGCGGGGGGUUUGAGACCACUCUGGAACGUGAGUGGGACAGAAUCUCUGAAGGGACGGCCGGCAAAGCCAGUGAAGGUGGCGGAAAGUGAUGUAGAUGUGACACUGAGUCGAUUGUGUGAACAAGACAAAAUACUGCAAGAGCUUGAGUUCAGACUCAGUGGACUUAAGGAUGAUAAGGACAAGCUUGAGUCUGUUCUGGAUGUGUCCCACCAGCAGAUGGAGCAGUACAAAGAUCAGCCGGCUCACGCUGAGAAGAUUGCCUACCAGCAGCGGCUCCUUCAAGAGGACCUGGUGCAUAUUCGAGCUGACAUUUCUAGAGUGUCAACGGAAAUGGAAAAAGCGUGGGAGGACUACAGCAGGCUGGAACAGUCAGUGGAACAACUGAGGGACGUCUUGCAGACUCAAAUGAACCACUGCACAUCACCUCAGGAGAAAAAUCAGUUGAGGAGGGAGCUCUGGAGGAUAGAGGACGUGAUGACCGGACUCAGCUCAUCCAAAGAAACCUUCAAAAUAACCAUAGACUCAGUAAAGAACCCUGAGAGAAAACUUGUGCCUUCAGUAAUAGAGUCGACAGUGCCUUCUCGGUGCAUGACCCCAUCCGCAAUCGAGGUGCGGUCACCCCAACGCAGUCUUACCUCCAGUCCGUUAUCACUGCCACUGGACAAUGACAUUUUUCAGCAUCAUCACUCUAUGCCAAAAUGGGAAGAUGAUGAUGCUCCACCCAGACCACCUUUGCCCCUCCUCUAUGAUGAGGACAUACCCCCUGUUGUCCCGCCCCUACCUAAAGAAACAUCAGUCAUCAGACACACUUCUGUGCGUGGCCUCAAGAGACAGUCUGAUGAGAGGAAACGUGACAGAGAAAGCAGCUAUGUUAAUGGAGAUUGCAGGGUGGAACUGCGGUCCUACCUGAGUGAACCAGAACUUCCUGGAACAGGAACAGAUCAGGUGGACUCAGGCUACCUGACUCUUCAAAGAAGAGGUCUGUCAGGCUCCUCAUCCAGAAUAAACCAGUACGGUGUGACUUCCUAUUCACUGAGGAGAGGAGAUUCAGCAUUAUCGGCUACAGAGAGACCAAAGAGUGCCUUGGAGCGGCUGUGCUCAGGAGAGUCUGAUCGCCUGCCGCAGAGAGGGAGGAUGAGUGCGGAGGAGCAGCUGGAGAGAAUGAAAAGGCACCAGAGAGGUCUAGUGCGCGAGCGCAAACGUAACUUGAGUCAGGGUGAGCGACAGCCCGUGGGCUCCCGCGCCUUCACUCGACCCGGCAGCUCUGACCCAGGAUCAGGUUUGGAAAAAGUCAUUGAUUUGCAGCGACCAAUACAGGCCUUACAUGACGAAUCACAGCGGCCGGGAUCUGAUGAAUGGCUGACUGUUGAGGCCCGGCCCAUGAACACACAAGAGCUGGAGCUAGAGCCGGAGCUGGUGCCGGAGCCUGUGGACUUUGAGUUCGAUCUUACCCGAGAGCUAUCUACACCACGGAAGGUGCGCAUCCCAGAGCGACUCAUGGAUGUGGAGUCAGAUGAAGAUCUGAGUCCAGAAGAAAGGGAGACUCGUUCUCGCACCGUAGCAAAGAUAAAAAGCCUACUGUCUAAAUCGAGUAUGCCACAGUCCAUGGAUUCACAGCAGAUAGAUUUCAGUGAGCUGGAUCAAGAGCUGGAGCAGCAGGAAAGGAUCAUGAGCGUCCAUCGAGCUCUCGCCAGAGAAGCCUCCAUCAAGAGGAAGCAGGUCACAGCCAAAGCCAUGUCUGAGUGCUAAAACGUGUUGGGAAGCUUCUUGGGAACCCAAAGAUCAAUAUUUUGUGUGUGUUUUUGUACCAAAUAUUUAUAAUUCACAUUCAAUCAUUCAGCUCUGAUGUUCAGAACGUUUUAUAUGCAAGUUUUUAUUAAUUUUGCCAGUGAGCGGUUUGAAAGCUAAACUUACAGUUUUAUCAUUCUUGCAUUGUUGACAAAGUUUUCUAAUUUUGCUUGACAUUAUUUUUAUCACCAUGUAAUUGUAACUUAUGGUACUUUUGCAGUGUUGUGUAUUAUGUAUAAAAAUAUAUAUAAUUUUUAUUUCGAUUGUAAAAUACGAUUGUUUCGAUUCAGCAAAACAGAGAAAACUGUCAUCUUCAUAUUAAAUUCAUCAUUAAAAGUCCUAAUUUUCAUGAGCUUACAGACAACAGAGCUCAGCUCUAAAUAAAGUUUGUAUGCCACAAAGUUUUACAUAUAAAGCUAUUUCCUGUUUUAUUAAAACAUAAAAGAGAUUCCA